AUGGCGGAUGAUUUGCACGAUGUGGCUCGCUACCUCAACGAUAUGCGACUGUGUUUUAUUGCGCUAACAGUAACCGGGUACUUAUUGAUGAUCAUUUAUGGUAUUAUCUUUUGUGUUCGAAGGAAUCGACGACGACCCAAUACUGCCCAAACUGGCGCCGGUCUCAGCAACAAUGGCCAGGUCAGGAGGGGUCGAUGGGAUUAUCAAAUGGAAAAUCGAGAUUAUCAAACGCACGCACAAACAGACGAUCUCGUAUCGGUGAGGAGUGAUGGCCAAGGCAACACGGCCAGUUAUAUGGGACGUAAUCAUCACAGGAAUCCACCGUCGUUUAUGCGACAUGGAAUGAAUCACGCUCAACAAACAGCAAGGUUAAUGGCGGAUCAAGACGGUGGCGUAGUGAAGCACCAAAUACCCCACAUCACGACCGAUCCACCGAGCAGUGGGGACAGUGAGAACUCUCCGUCAUCGAAGGUGCCCGAACUCCUCAAAGGGUCUGUUGAAAUGUGA